AUGGCAGAAGAUUGGGGUGAUAUUUUCAGAAAUCUUCAAAUGAGCGCAUAUCAACAACCUACUUCCAGACGUGUUCAACGAUUCGCCGCUAAACAAUUUUUUGCAGAAGAAAAAAUUGAUAUUGGAGAAGAUAAUGAAGAUUACGUCGAAAACAUGCUUAAAGAAGAAGAGAAAAUUGCCAUUGCUGGACUCAAUAACCGACUUCCAUUAAGAACAGCCAGCCUUCCAUGGCUUCUUGAAGUUCGCGAUAUUGCAAUCCACCACAUUGUUCACUUAGGAGGACGUUGUGGAGUCAGAAAAAUCACAGUUUACGCAGCUAUGAUUUAUGUUGAUAGGUUUCUUUCAUUAGCGCCAAAAAAACCAAUAAUAUUGCCGAUUGCGAAGUUACUUGCAUUUGCAUGUUUAUAUUUGGCUUUUGAGGAACAUGAAGAUCAAAGAGGAUUAUCAGCAUCUGUGAACAGUAGGAAUUAUAGAGAAAGCAUAAUGAAUUUAAAGUCCAGUGUUGUUACACAAUUUGGAGGGAUAGUGACUUUUGUUACUCCAAUUCAGUUCAUCAAAUAUUUCUUGUCAAAAUUCUGCAAACAUCUUUCAAGAAAAGAGUAUGCCAGAAUCAAGACUGUUGAAGUCAUCAUGAGUAUACUUGGAGAUGUGAGAUUAAUGAGUCUGAAAGCAUUUAUAGUAGGAGCAGCAGCAACAUUAUUGGCAUCAAACUCAAAUAUAUUGACACAUGAACUAAUAGAGAAUGAGAUUAAUGCCUUGCCUCAAAAAUGGCUUAUUCCAAUUGAUGAGGUGUGCUCUUGCUAUGAUUGUUUGCUAGAGACCAACAGGCACAAACUUGACAUAAGUUGA